AUGCCCCUCAUUGUCAAAGCCCCCACCAACCGCAUCAUCCUUGGGCUCAUGACCUUCGGGCCAUCUGAGCAGGAUGGUGCACGCAUUACUGACAUCAACACAUUCAAGAAUGCUCUUGAUGUCUUCCAGGCGCGGGGCUACAAUGAGGUUGACACAGCCAGAGUCUAUGUGGGGAGAAAGCAGGAGGCUUUCACCCGUGAGGCUGGGUGGAAGGAGAGAGGCCUAACUCUGGCUACCAAGGUCCAAUACCCUAAUAACCCUGGAGACAAUACUGCAGACAAGGUCUUGGAGUCCGCUGAGAUAAGCUUGAAGGAGCUUGGGACAGACGUCGUAGAUAUCUUGUAUCUACACCGCGCAGACCGUGCGGUCCCAUUCGCUGAGACACUGGAAGCAAUCAACAAGCUUCAUCAGGCUGGCAAGUUUGUGCGUUUCGGAAUCAGCAACUUCACAGCAUUUGAAGUGGCCGAGAUCGUCCUGACCUGCAAACACAACGGUUGGGUGCGCCCCACAGUCUACCAAGGCAUGUACAAUGCCAUCACCCGCAACCUCGAGCCAGAGCUUAUUGUUGCAUGCCGCCGGUACGGUCUGGAUAUCGUGGUCUACAAUCCCCUCGCAGGUGGCCUCUUUUCCGGGAAGAUCAAGUCCAAGGAUUUGAUUCCAGAGAGCGGGCGAUUCUCUGAUGUUAGCACUAGCCAAGGCUCCGCGUAUCGCAAGCGAUACUUCCAUGAGAGCACAUUCAAAUCCCUCCAAUUGAUCGAGCAGGCGACAGAGAAGCAUGGACUUACUCUGAUCGAGACUGCCUUGCGAUGGGUAGUACAUCACUCGGCGUUGAAGAUCAAGGAUGGGAAUGACGGUAUUCUCAUUGGUGUUUCGAGCGUUGCACAGCUCGAGAAUAAUCUUGAUAACUUUGAGAAGGGUCCUCUACCUGACGACGUGGUCCAGGCUCUGGAUGAAGCUUGGAAGGUUUCCAAGGCCGACUCGACCCCCUAUUGGCACGGGGACGUUGUUUACACCUAUGACACCCAGAAGGCACUCUUCGGCUAG